UGUCGGACUGGUCUGUUUGUGCGUCAUAUUGGGGAACGAUUCCAGCGUGCAAAUGGCACUAUUACAAAGUACUUCAAGAAGAUGCUCCUAGCCUUCUCAUCCCCUCCCUUCUACACCACAUACGUACACCUUCCCGAAGAGCAUGAGCCAACUCCAACCCCUAUCUAUAACGACCCACGCUAUCAUCCAUUUCUUGACCACGCUCUCGGGGCGGCUGAUGGCAGUCACAUCGCAACAGCCCCACCAUCCGAAGAACGCAGUGCCUCACGCAAUCGGAAA